UUAAAAAUAUAUUUUUGUUUGUGAGAUAAUAGAGGUAAUUGAAAAAUGAAGCCUAGUCUUUGUCCUUUUGAUUAAAAAUUGAAUAAACUUGAAGUGUUUCUAGCAAGUAUAUAAUAAGAAAAUUGUCAAGACUUUCAAUCAGUAUAUUUUUUAAAUUCACUUUGAGCCAAACCAACUCAAUCAAUUUUCUUUUUUGUAUUUUAAAAUGUACAAUAUUUAUCAUCAUCAAAAGAGUAUUUUUUUAUUAACAAUUUUGUUAAUUAUUGGACAAAUUUUUUGCUCUGGGCUUCUUGAUACUAUUGAGAAUCGUAAUCUCGAUACAAUUUUACCACGUGCUCCAGUUUCUGUAAUGAGUAAUUCGUUUGAUAAUAUUUUGCCAAAAGACAAUGUGUUUCCUUGUUAUGUCGAGUACCAAGUGACUAAAAGAAGACCUGGACAAUGUAUUCAACUUGGUCAAAAUACAAGAGGCUGUGUUGCUGGAUCAUUCAUUGACCCAUUCAAUCCUGAUUGUCUGUAAAAUUUUAAUUUUCAAAUAAUGUCAAACAACUGAUCAAACAAAUAAAUCUACAAAAAGAAAAAUACUCGAAAUAAAUUUACUA